AUGGCCCCAGACCGUCACUUGUCCCCACACAGCACCAUGCACUGGCACAAAUCCCUCGCGACCUUACUGCAGUUUCUGGGACUGGACAAGCGUCGGCCUGCACCGACCGAGACCCGGCGAGGGACCCACCGCCCGGACACCGCCCCGCAGAACGGCCACCGCCAACCGUUGCCAGUGUACAUACGCUCGGGUUACACCACAGAUGUUUUCAACUCGGCGAUUGCGGCCUUGUUUCUCCUCGUCGUGUGCCUGUUUGCAGUAAUCGCCAAGACCAACAACGGGACGCUGGCUGGAGGAGUGCUGUCAUUUAUCAUCUUUAUCUGCUACAUUGCGUCUUCAGCUGCCUCUUUCAUGAUGGCACCACUCCUAGAGUUUCUGGUGGCACUGUUUCUUUUUUUUGCUUACGCCUCCAAACUUAAUGAGAAGUUUAAAGGACUGUACUGGCCUCUUAUGGAUUUCUUGUGGUGCGUCACUGCUGCCAUUAUUUACUUUGCCAUCUCAGUUGCUGCUGUCUCAAAAUAUAAUGAUGGAGCAUCUAAAGCAGCAGGAGUGUUUGGAUUUAUAGCCACAAUAGUGUAUGCCAUUGAUUUCUACAUAACCUUCAAUGACCUGAUUGCUUUUCUCAAGCGAGGCAAUUCUGAUUCCCCUGAAGGGCAAAAGUCAGAAGAUGAGGACUCAGAUUCCGACUCAGACUGA